CAUGUUUUGGUCAAACUGUACAAAAUCAUGUGGAUUGUAUCUCCCCACCCCAGCCACUGCAGUGCCACUACAUUGUAGCUUAGUAGUACAUAAUAAUAUAUUGACUCGAGAAUCGAAGCUUGGUUGAAGCGUUCGAGUGUCCAACGACCAAUCAACCUGCAAGAAGACUGCCACGAUGACCACCACCACCACCAACAGAUCAUCAACACGAACCUCGUUCUCAUCAAGUCAGACGAUCAUCGAACCAGAACGACAGCAGGAACUACAACUACAACUGAACAACAACAACAACAACAGCAGUAGUAGUAGUAGUACUACUAACAGCCAAGUCGAACACUCCAGGAUUCAAGUACAGCAAGCUCAUCAACCAACCGAACGAGGAGAAGCUGAGCGAAGGAACGGCGAGGAAGAUGCGGAUGAGGAACAUGAACGAAGGCUGAGGCUGAUCGAGGUGAAUCGGACUCGGACGAGACUGAUCGAAGAAGAGCUCGAAGAAGAGCCUCCCCCUCUGGCGGGACUGCCCGGCUCAGCGCCUCCAACCGCCGUCCUGACUAAUCACUGCCAACCGCCACUGCCGAUCAAGGAACCCCUGCCCGAGACCAUCAUCCCACUCGAGAUCUUACUCAGCCCGAUCAACCAGAAGAAGGCCUUCCACUUCGACCACCUCCUCUCCAUUGCUGAGCUCAUCAACCAUCUCCUCAACAACUGGCCUGCCGAUUGGUCCCAGCCUGGCUCCACUAUCCCUCAUCACACCCAUCAGUUCAGAAUGGUCUACAUGGGCAGGUUCUUGGACGAUCAAGAAACCUUAAACAGUUUAGGCAAGAACCGACCGAUCAUCAUCCAUUUAGUGAUCAAGCCGGACGAAGGAGCAGUUGAGGAAGAAGCAGAAGUCGACGAGGAUAAGCCGAGUCUCUGUGGCUGUUUCGCUAGGUUCAGAGAGCGACCCAGCCGCUCGGCCGCCGACCAUCCCGACCAACAAACCAGACCCUCCUCCGGGGCUUGCUCGAUCGUCUAAUCACUACCUCAAUCUACUUUCUCUGGUCGCUCUUCGGCUUAUCGUAAUCACUCGACUCAUCCUUCACUCUCACCUGUAUCUACAUCUCUCUCUGUCUCCUCAAGCUACGAUCCACCCCUUCCUUAAAUUACUUUUGCUCUUAUCUAGUUUACUACUGCUCAAGCUCAUCACAAGAAAAAUAUUCUUCCUUCCACGGUAUAUACUUGUUUUCUACGCAAAUCAUUUCACCCUCUUCUUCUCCUUUAAUCUCCUUUUUCUUCUGUUUCUUUUUUUUUUGUUGAUGCUGAUGUUGAAUUGUUUUUAGGGUGUUAUCAAAAAAAAAAAGUAGUUAGUGAUACUUAUUGUUGACUGUCCUCAUAGUUACUUACUUAUUCGACCAUCCACACUCCAUUUCUUCUUCUCCUGAUAUUGACUAACAAGAAAAAAAACAAAGUUGUAUACAUAUUCAUAUAUAAACCUUACACACACCAGUUUCCAAAUUUACCAUUACUU